AUUAAAAAAGAUACAGAAUAGAUCCAGCUACUAAAAAUAAAUCUAAAGUUCGUUCUUCCUUGGUGAAUUUUUUGUCUUUUUCUCUCCAAUACCUAAUUAUAUAUCUAUCUCGUUUUAAGUGCAGAACAUAUUGCACAGUGCAGUACAAAGAUAACCUAUUUUGUUGCACUAGAGGUUAGGUGUGCCGGGUGAGUAUUCACCACAUGCACCAUAUGUUCUCGCGUAGAACUGUCACUCUAAUGUCAAUUUCGUCACUUGUUCAGGCGUAUGUUAAUUCAAUGGAAUCAAGUUAUUUUCAAGAUAUUGUGAACACGGAGUACAGCCGUAGACACGAUGGAUGUGUCGAAUAUGGAACAGCUGGCUUUAGAACGAAGUCGGAUAGAUUAGAGCAUGUUUUGUACAGAAUGGGUCUCCUAGCGGUGCUACGUUCCAAAGCAAAGAAAGCCGCAAUAGGUUUAAUGAUUACCGCGAGUCAUAACUUGGAGCCUGACAAUGGCAUCAAGCUUGUUGACCCAGCUGGCGAGAUGCUCGAAGCUUCCUGGGAAACGAUAGCGACGAAUCUAGCUAACGUGCAGGAUAGUGAUUUGAUAUCGACGUUGCUGCAUAUAUCCAGAAGGGAAAAUAUUGACUUGUCGGUACCGGCCACGGUGAUAAUAGGAAGGGACACUCGUAAGAGCAGUCCCGGCUUGUUAAAAGCCGCGCUAAUGGGAAUCAAAACUUUACACGGCAACGUCACGGAUUUAGGACUGGUCACGACCCCACAGUUACAUUACGUCGUAGUGUGCACGAACACCAACGGCACCUACGGCGAGCCCACACUAAAGGGAUAUUACUCGAAGCUAGUAACCGUGUUCAAAAGCAUACGUGGCGCAGAGAUAAACAACGGGAAGUAUACGAGCAUGUUACAAUUAGACGCUGCGAAUGGCGUUGGCGCAAUCGCAGCGAAGGAGUUCCAGAGAUACUUGGACAGUGUGCUAGAUAUUAAGUUGUUUAACGACGGAAGCGGCGGCUUGAAUCACAUGUGCGGCGCAGAUUACGUCAAGGUGCAACAGACGUUGCCUUUGAAUGUUCCAUCUGAAAAAAAUGUCAGAUGCGUCAGUAUAGACGGGGACGCCGAUAGAGUGGUAUAUUUCUAUACAGACGAAAACAACAAAUUUCAUCUCUUAGACGGAGACCGAAUAGCGACGCUGGUGGCCGCCUACUUCAAGGAGCUACUGGAAACGAGCGGUUUAUCCCUACAGUUGGGCCUGGUGCAAACUGCGUACGCUAACGGCGGUUCAACCGAUUAUAUUUCAAAUGUGUUGAAAGUCCCGGUGGCGUGCGUGCCAACCGGCGUCAAGCAUCUGCACAAGAGAGCGCUGGAAUUUGACAUUGGAAUCUACUUUGAGGCGAACGGGCACGGAACCGUCAUCUUCAAGGAUGCUGCAAAAGAAGCUAUCAAGACUCAUGCUAGAAAUGAAACGCUUUCGGCGGCGCAAAGAUUGGCCUCCGCAAAACUGAGGGACGUGAUCGAUUUGAUAAACGAAACGGUCGGCGACGCAUUGAGCGACAUGCUGCUGGUCGAGACUAUAUUACACGCUAAGGGCUGGGACAUUAUCGAGUGGGAAAGAAGUUAUAACGAUCUACCGAAUAAGCAACUCAAGGUCGGAGUGAAAGACAGAAAUGUUAUAACAACAACGAAUGCGGAAAGACACUGCCUGACUCCUGUUGGUUUGCAAGAAGAGAUCGACAAGAUCGUCUCGAAGUAUCCAAGAGGUCGAUCUUUCGUCAGGCCUUCCGGAACUGAAGACAUCGUGCGAGUCUAUGCCGAAUGUAAGAAUUCGUCGGACGUUGAGAAAUUAACCGUGGAAGUAGCUUCACUAGUGUACAGACUCGCAGGCGGCGUCGGACCGGAACCCAGCUUAUUAUGAUAAGAUUUACAUCAGUCAUAUAUGAUUAUAUAUAAGAAAAAUAUUACUUGUUUAAAAUAUCGUACUAAAUAUCAGUUUUAACAAAAAAUCUUAAUUGGCUUCGUUUCAGUGUUGUAAAAACUGUUAUGGAUAAAAAUAUCUAUAUCUAGAUGUAAAGUACUUCGACCGAUAAAAUAUGUAUUCGGUUGAAAAUGUAAUUAUACUAACAUUGGCUAUUUUAUCGAUCAAGGUUAACAUAUAUUGUUUUUAAAUAAUUUUAAUAGCAUAUGUCAACACAAGAUAGUGCAAGUAAUAGAAUCGAUCAUAAAUCUUGUAUGCAUAUAUUUGAAUUCUGAUGUAACUGAUUCUUAUUUACUGAAGUUGAUUAUUAAGAAUUCUCUUAUUGUGUCAUAUUGUGGUUUGAGUGUUGCAGAUUAUAUUCUAAUUUACAUUGUUAUUACUUACAUAUAGUUAGCAGUUUAUCCCUAAAAUCAGUGCCAAACGAUUUUAUGAAUUGUGCACUAGUUUUAUGGGAGGGUGAUGGGGAUAGGAGAAAUGAAUUUUGCAUAUUAUACAUAUAUGCUUAAUGUUUUCUACUGGCCUGUUUUUAAAGUCUGAAUGAAAUAGAAAAUAUAUAUUCUAGUUUUAUACCUAAUGUAUUGUAUUUUUUCAUUUUAAUAAAAAUUAUAUAAAAAAAUAUUCAGACUCAAUAUUUCUCAUCAAGUAACACAUAUGCCAAGUAUAUGUAAAAAAAAAUUUGUCAAAUAAAUAAAAAAUAUUACCAAAUAAA